CAAUCUCCGUUCAUCACUGUGUAUCGAAGGCCGAGCGAGUCGAGCUCGACUCGAGCGAGCGAGGGAGCCAAGGCGAGCAAAAAGCAGUGAGAGUGUCGCGCGAGAACACACUUUCACGCGAAUUUCUGCAUAGCAGCCCUCCGCGGACGCGUCCAGACGCGUCCCCGUCCGAAGACGCCGGCCCACGCCAUCUGAGCCCAGAUCUUCACGAGUAACCUGACCGUGUGGAGUAUGAGAACAUGACACAACACUGGUGGAUGCACUGGUUUUGGGUGACGGUUGUGGUUGCCGUGCUGGCGAGCGGGGCCGGUUGCGCGCCGCAGUCGACGCACCCUGUUUACGCGGCCGUGCACUCACAAUCCGGCGGCGGCCCCACCGGCGAGUACAUGGCACUGCUGUCCGACCUGGAGCACCCGGCGGCCACCAACGGCCACGACUACAACGACGAGGUGGACACGUACGGCAGCGCCAACCUGUUUCCGGUGCACCGGGUGGUGAUCGCCACCGCCGCCGCCGCCGCCGCCUCCGACUUGCCGACCACCUACGUGCCGCUCGUGCUCGCCCCCCAGGAGCCCCAUCCGCCGCCCACUCCGCGCCAACACCUGGUCCUCGUCACCGACCACUCGAAUCCACCCUCGACUACCAGACUGGCCAAGUCUUUUGAAGAAAUGAGUGGUGGCGCGACCCCGAUUCUGCCGGCGAUGCCCGUGCAGUACAAGAACCGAAACCCGUUCAUCAACGAGGAGAUGCAGAGCGGCCGCAGCAUGGCCGCGGCCGACAGCUCGACGACGGAGGCCCUUCCGUCGGCCAGCUCGACGACCGAGGCGCCGCCCAUGCUGGAGGAAAAAAUGGCGGUGGAGGAAGAAACGAGCAAGUCGACGGAGGAAACGAACGAGUCGACGCCGAGCGUGGUGGCACCGACCGAGCUGGCCGACGUGGUCGAAGGGGGCACGCACCCCAUCCCCCCGUGGAUCCCCGACGAGAAGCAAGAAGAACUGGACAGCGAGGAGCAGGAGAGAGAACACGAGCAAAUUGACCGGAUCACCAACGCCCUUGUCGAGGAGGAAAGCGUCGACGAGGGCGAGGCCAUCACUAGAGGACGCAUGCAGCCGAACGAAGGCCUUGGAACUCCAUCCAUCAUUGCCAUUGUCGUGGCAUUUGUCGGCGUCAUCGGCAUGGCAGGUGCUGCUGCUGGGUUCAUUUUGUACAAGCGGAGUUUGGUGAACAAGCCGCAGACGCUGAACGACAAGAUGAGCAACCCGGACUACAGCAGCUACAUUGACGACACGUUACGGGUGAGUGCAGGCAAAAGCAGGUCGAACGAGGCAGGCAAAGGAGGCAGCAGAUGCAGGCAGAGCGCCGGCGGCAUGGUCAACAGAGGCUUUGUCUCGCCCCCUUACCUCAAGGACAAUUCCGAAGAGAUGUAUAGUCUGGACAAUGACUCAUUUUUAAAUAGUUUAGAAGCUAUGACAAUUCAAAACUUCUGGACAGAGAACGUGAAGCAUACAAAGUUGUAGCGAAAUAAAUGUUAACUCUUUUCCUUUUUUUAUGUUUCUUCCACGUUUGUUGGAUUGUUUAAGCGGUUUUAAAAGUCUCUCACAUCAAAAUUUCCAUUUUUUAAACUUGUUUGUGAUAGUUGGUGAAUACGUUGUUGAGUGCGAGUUUUUAUUUGUGAUAUAAUCCCAUGAUCAAUCGCCUAAAUUAAAACGUAUAUCGUAAUUUAUGUUAAAAACCCUGGGUAGGAACAAGAUCCUUUUAUUGCGUUCGUGCGUGUGAUAUAAUUGUUAAAAUUGGUAUUCCUGAAAAGAAGACAGACUGAGACGAAAAAGGACAACAGUACUUAAUUAUCAUUUCGAUGUCGCUAUAAUUAAGCAUUAUUCCAAGAAUUUUGAAGAAAGAGUACACUCCGUUCGAACUUAACUUGUAAGCAAUUUAAUAAUGAAUGUACCGAAAUCAAAGUCCUAUGAUAUAUAUGAAACUGUUUUAGUAGAAUUACCAGAGUAUUUUAUUUGCUCGAGACGAAGAAUUGUAUUUUUAUUAAUCCGAAUUUGAUUGGGAACAGGAAUUGUAAUAGAGCCAAAGGAAAGCAAUAAUAAUUGGUGUAUUUUGAUGCAGCUCCAGAAUAAAUGUGCAUGUACCAUAA